AAAAUUACCAAUUAUACCCCCAACAGUCACUCCUAUAUAUUCCCACUCUUCCAUGGCUCCAUCCUCUCCAUUACACCAUCACUCUCUCAACCCCCAAUAGUCAAAUUUGUUCUCCAUGGCCACCGUUCACAAACCCCCACCGUCGGCCGCCCUCCACCAAGAAUCCGCCACCGCCCACGUCGCCGCCAGCCCGCUCCGCAAGAUCGCCGCCGUCGCCUCCAUCGCCGCCGGCAUCCAGUUCGGGUGGGCCCUCCAGCUCUCCCUCCUCACCCCAUACGUCCAGCUCCUCGGCAUCCCGCACUCCCUCGCCUCCCUCAUCUGGCUCUGCGGCCCCGUCUCCGGCAUGAUCGUCCAGCCCAUCGUCGGCUACCACAGCGACCGCUGCUCCUCCCGCUUCGGCCGCCGCCGCCCCUUCAUCGCCGGCGGCACCGCCUGCGUCGCCGUCGCCGUCAUCCUCAUCGGAUACGCCGCCGACAUCGGCCACCACGCCGGCGACGACCUGGCCAAGAAGUCCAAGCCACGCGCCAUCGCCGUCUUCGUCGUCGGGUUCUGGAUCCUCGACGUCGCCAACAACAUGCUGCAGGGGCCCUGCCGGGCCCUGCUGGCGGAUCUUUCGGGGACGAGCCAGAGGAAGACGAGGGUGGCGAAUGCGUUUUUCUCGUUCUUCAUGGCCGUCGGAAAUGUGCUGGGGUACGCCGCCGGGAGCUAUAAUCAUCUCUAUAAGGUUUUCCCGUUUACUAAAACGACGGCGUGUGAUGUAUACUGUGCGAAUCUUAAGGCCUGCUUCUUCAUCUCCAUCAGCUUGCUCCUCGUUUUGACCGUUUUAGCCCUCUGGUACGUGGAGGAGAAGCAGUGGUCGCCGGAGGCGGACGGCGACGAGCCGUCGGUUUCGGAGCCGAUGCUCUGCGAGCUCUUCUCGGCGAUCAAGACGAUGAAGCGGCCGAUGUGCAUCCUCCUCCUGGUGACGUGUCUCAACUGGAUCGGGUGGUUCCCGUUCCUCCUCUACGACACCGACUGGAUGGGCCGCGAGGUCUACGGCGGGAGCUCCGACGGGAACAAGGAGCAGGUCAAGAUGUAUGGGCUCGGCGUCCGGGCCGGGGCUUUGGGCCUGCUGCUGAACUCCGUGGUCCUCGGGGUCAUGUCGCUCGGGGUCGAGCCCAUGGGCCGGUGGGUCGGCGGGGUGAAGCGGCUCUGGGGGAUGGUCAAUUUCUUGCUCGCGAUUUGCCUGGCGUUGACCGUUUUGGUCAGUAAGCUGGCGGAGUCGGGUCGGGUUUCGUCGGUGCACCCGACCCCGCCGUCGAACGGAGUUUUUGCCGGGGCUAUGAUUCUUUUCUCCGUCCUGGGGAUUCCUCUGGCGAUAACUUACAGCAUCCCGUUCGCUCUGGCUUCUAUAUUUUCUCAGACCACUGGUACAGGUCAAGGUUUGUCGCUGGGGGUUCUCAAUUUAUCCAUCGUUGUACCACAGAUGAUAAUUUCGGUAUUGAGUGGGCCUUGGGAUGCUCUUUUCGGAGGAGGGAAUUUACCUGCCUUCGUGGUCGGAGCAGUAGCAGCGGCGCUGAGUGGAAUACUCUCGCUCACUUUACUCCCAUCUCCACCGGCGGAUAUCCCGACGACCAAAACGACUCUCGCCGGUUUCCAUUAAAAAAAACACCAUUUCCCCUUUUUUUUGUUUCCUCCAUGUAGAGCGCUACAUAUAGUAUAUAUGUGGCCUAAAGCUUUGAAUUUCUCCCAUUUUUUUUUACUAUAAACAAGAAUGGAAAAAUGGUGAAGGAAAUCCCCCACUCCCCAAAAAGGCCAUAUGUAUACUAUAGCUUGUAAUAAAAAGGUGAAGAAGAAGAAGAAAACAUGGAGACAAAAAGAAGAAGAGUUUGUUGCCAUUAAUUUGUGGGUAUUUCAGGAAAUUAAUGGCUGCCUUUGGAUUGUUGUACUUGUACAACAAUAUUGAACAUAUGCUCUAAAUUAAGAGAGCCAUCAACUUUCAUAUGUAUCGUCAUAUAUAUCGAGUUUAUAUAUCCUUUUGUAUGGUUUUUUUCUUUCUUCAAUUUAUGUACCGAUAAUAAUGUUACUCAUGGAAUGGAUAAAUGAAGUUGGUCUUCAUGGAUGUGAGAGUUGAUUCUUCUAGAGAGGACAUAGUGUACUUUGGCACUAAGGGCUCGUUUGCGUCGUGGAUUUGAAAAAUGAAGGUUUUGGUAUAACUUGGGUUUUGAAAAACCAUGGAUUAAUAAGGGUUUUAGGUUCAUUAUGGAUUUGAUAAACACCAUUGUUUGUUUGAUGGAUUUCAUGAUGGAUUUUGUUAAUUAAAUUUGUAUUCAAUUCCCACCUAAAUAGGUGGAACUUUCAAGUCCGUGGGGUCCACGGAUUUGGUCCC